AAUUGAUGAAUUGACAUCUGUCUACGCGAAAGUCCUGUCAGCUCAACAAGUCACAUGAGGCAUUUUGCCCUCAUUUUCCUCUUCAUCUAUACAAUACGAACCGAAGAAGCCAAUCUUGAUGAAAGGUUGUCCAGGGAAGAGAAAAAUGCCAGAUGUUGUGCUCAGCACCUCAGCUGCUGCAAGAAAUCCGUGGAACCAACAAAUUUUGAAGUAAGAGCCCUUCUCGUGAAAUGUCGGAACACCGAAAAGAGUGAAGGAAGCUCCGAAAGUAAAAAACCCCCGCUCCUGGUCCAAAAAUCGAAACGCAACGCCAAAGAGAUCCCGCACUGCAUCAAGAAAGACGAGGGGAUCACCAACUGUAAGAGGAAGAUCAAGCUGACGGUGAAGGUGAAAAAUAGAUGGAUCACCAAUUGCAAGAACCAGUAUAUCGUCAUUGACCACGUGUUUGACUCUAUAACGCAGCAGAAACAGAAACUGUUGAACCCUUACGUUCUGAAGAUCAGACAGAAGCCUGUGUUUCAACGAUACGAGUUGGGAUUUGAGGCCAUGGUGAAUUCUCAAGCUAGGGAGAAAGUUCAUAACAAACAAGAAGCUGGUUUUACUGGAUGCAACGUGAAUCCAUUCAAAAGUCCAACCUGCGGAGUGGUGAAGUACAAAAAUGAACCGGUUCCUUUCAGCACAGGUUUUUGUUGCUCCUGUGAUAAAAACAAAUACCAGUCGAACAAAAUACAGAGAAAUUCGAAUGAUUCUGACAGUUUUCGAGUACCCCUCCUCAAUGAAGUUUUCAAGAAAACCAGAAAUACUUCUGAAGCUGAUGGUAUCUUGGGAAAUAAUUUUUAUUUUGACGGUAAAAGCGGCAACCUUCAAGCAGACCCACCGACUGUAAACGAAGCCGAUAUUACUGGCCAUAAUGAAGACUAUUCUAGACCUUUUCAACUCGCAAAUGAUCAGAAAUUAACAGUCUUUGAUAACUUCGGCCACAACAUCCAAAAACGCGGAGGUCAAGACUGCACCGACAAGUACACCCCCCCGAACCUGGACCCCGAAACCUACCACGACAGCGCCCAUUGUCUGGAAUUCUCUGAUAUCUGGUAUGGCGUUUACUACCUCAAGAAACCCAAAGUGCACCACAGCCUCUUCAUCCAAAUCUUCGAGAAGUACCAGGACCUAGAGAGCACCUGCAAGUGGCGAGAUCUAACCAAACUGUCCCCCAUCGAAAUCGGUACCAGCGCUCCUAGUUACGUCAACGACCAAGCCACCAUCAGCGGUGCUUACUCAGCUGAAGAAACUAAUAUCAAACUGUUCUCGUUGAACUACAAAAUCCACAAGCUGCUCAUACCAGACAUCAGCAACGUGGGGGACGUAAGGCUAUACCCGGAGCUUCGGGGUGGUGUAGGGGAGUACCUGGUGAUAAGGGAGAACCAGGUGCAGUCUGAUGGGAAAGCCUGCAACGUAGCAGGAGUGGGAUACGAAGCGUUUGCGAAGCAGCCAAACCGUUGCUCUGUUUCAAAAGGGUCCUGCCUCAAGAACCAGCCCAGAGAUAUGUGGACCCAUGACCAUGAACUGGAGGAGGCAGGUAGGAGAGGAAAUUACUUCUUGAAGAAUUACGGAAUUCUACCAGAAGAGGCUGUGACGUCGAACGGUACGGAGCAGAACAAAACGCUGAGGAUGUUUUUCACGGAAUUCCACACAAGCCUGCUGGACGUUGAGUUUAAGGCUGAUCGUAAUACCGUCCUUAGACCAAGCUCUUUGGCCACAAUCACUGAGGUAUAUGUGGAUAGUUCUAGUCCCAAAAAGACCUCAAUCACAGCGAAAAUCUUCAACUCUGGUCUGGUAUUUGGGAUCUUCCACGUAUCUUUGGCCGACUGUCCUCUGGAUCUACCAGCAAGAUUCAACAACAUCAACUCCAAGCCCGCUCUGAUCCCUCCUCAGCACCAACACAUCUUCCACCUCGAUAUCGUCUGUCCUCUGCCCCGGAAGAACUUUUUCUGCUCCCUGCAGGUGUUGAAUGAGAAACAGGAACUGAUAGCUUUGA